UCUAAUUCUGGGCUGUGUGGUGAAAAUCAAGCUAAUCGAAACUGUGUGCAAUUUUCAUUGAUAAAAAUCGCAAGUUCAUUGUGCGUUUUGAGACUGUUUAAAAUUUUGUUGCAAGCUGUUAAUUGAUCCGAAUGCGCUUGUGGAUGUUUGCAGUAAGAUCUAUUAAUUCGGUGGUCGGAAACUAGUGUCUUGUUUCGUUGUGUGAAGGAUUCAAAAGGAAAUCUUAAGGACUUCUUUUUCGCCCAAGUCAGCAACAGUGAUCAACUCAAAAGCCUCAAGAAAAAAAUCGCAAGAACAACCCUCGUUAGAUAGCAUAAAUUGCAAUCCGAUUGUAAUUUAUAUCGAUUACGACCAUGUCCAGUAAAAUUGAGGAAGCGCAGGAACACAUCCGUCAGGCGGAGAAAAGUUUGAAAACAUCCUUGCUCAAAUGGAGGCCGGACUACGAUUUGGCGGCAGAUGAAUACAACAAAGCUGCAACCUGUUUCCGCAACGCCAAAGCCUUGGACCAGUGCAAGGACUGCCUGCUCAAGUCGUCCGAUUGCCACCGUCAGAACAGGGCCAUCUUCCAUGCGGCCAAGUGCUUGGACCAGGUCAUCCUGAUCUGCAAGGACAUGAAUCAGCUGUCGGAGGUACGGAAGUACGCCGAAAAGGCGGCCAACCUGUACCAGCAGCAUGGAUCACCCGAGUCCGGUGCGGCCACACUGGACAAGGCGGCCAAAAUCCUCGAGGGCACCAAUCCGGAGGACGCUCUUCAGUUGUACAAACAGGCUGUUGAUGUUGCUACGAUUGAAGACUCCUCCAGACAGGGCGCCGAGUAUGCCAGCAAAGUUGCCCGAAUCCUGGUGAAGUUGGGUCUGUACGAUCAGGCGGCCGAUGCCGUACGGCGCGAGAUCGGACUUCACCAGCAGGUCGGAUCGGAUGGUGCCAUCGGACGAUUGGCCGUGGCACUGGUCCUAGUUCAGUUGGCUCGCGGCGACUACGUGGCGGCCGAGAAAGCAUUCAAAGAGUGGGGCAAUUGCUGUGACGUGGCCGAGGUUCAGACGCUUGAAUCAUUACUUCAGGCAUACGACGAUGAAGACCCGGAACUGGCUGCUCGAGCUUUGGCUUCGCCGUUCAUCCGGCAUAUGGACGUUGAAUAUGCCAGAUUGGCUCGGGACAUUCCACUGCCGAAGGGCGUUUCCAUUGCACCGAAAGCCAACGUGAUCGAAAACUCGGCCGCCCCAUACGUUUCGCCCAAUAGUGGACCUGGAGCCGAGGGCGGUCGAGAAGCGUCUGGCGCCGGGCUAGAUGACGAGGAAGAAGGCGGCUUGUGUUAGUGUGGGCACCUCAAAUAGUUUGAGAGGAGCGACAGAGAUGUUAAUUUUAUUGUUACUAGUAAGUACACAUUACGAAAUCUACAGAGGCAAAGUCAUUAUAUAAUAUUUUAUUAUAAAUAAUAUAACGCUCUUUGAGUGAAGUUUGUACAUUUGCUAGCAGUUUCAGUAUUAAAGCGUGAAGCAACUCGCCAAAGAGUAAUCCGAAACAUAACCUCAAACUUGAAUUUCACUGCUUUUAGUUUUAAAUUCAACGACUUCGUAAGCUUUUGGUAAAAAUUUCCGCCAUGUCAGAUUAACCGUUUAGUUCCGUGGUAAUUUCCGUGUUCACUUGUUUUUAGCCGAUAAUGUAGCUGAAAAUUAACUAUUAAAAUUGUAAAUUGCAUUACUCUGAUGACAUUACAUUAGAAGGAUGAAAAAACAGCUCUUGGAAAACAAAGAUGAAAAGAAAUUUAUUAAAAAUAACCCUCUUAAACACUGACUUAGUAGCAGCAGCUCUCGAUAGUCUUCUAGAAUUCUAUCAAUCAAGUGAAUCUUUAACUAAGCGCGAUUUCUAAUUAACCAGUAAGAAAAGUUUCCUUCUCCCACGUACAUGAAUAUCUAUAAAAGUUGACGUAGAAAGCGGGCGUUAGUGUGUAAAAAUCAAUAUCAAAACUCAAUCAAAUAUUUAUUUGAGCAGCGCAAGAAAGGAACCCAGGCUUAAAUUUGAACUUUCUCUACCAUAUUGUGAGUGUUUGUAUAAAAAUGUAAUAGGAUGGGCAGGAAACUUAUUCGAGAUAAGGUAUAUGUAGGUCUUCUGGCUUCCUGUAUAGUAAAAACAAAUCUUUACAACUAUCGAUCGAAAUAAGUUUAAAAAUUUAAUUAAUUGUUCCUUCUUAUUUAUAUUGUUCCGAAUUUUAGUUAUGAUUAUUAUAGUAAAAGAAACUCUUGAAGUCAUCUUACAAUUGCUUCUUCGAGAAAAAAAACAACUUCUAAACGAUUGAUCAUUCCUUUAAAAUAUUUUACAUGAAAUCUUUUUUAUUGGAUAAGAAGUGCAAUAAAACAAAAUAAUCAACGAUGUUAACAACCGAUCCCACUGCACAAGGAGAAAAAAUCACAAAAUUAUUUGAUAAUAGUACACAAAGCGUAUACAGGAUGACCUGUUGAUAGGAGGGCGGAAGUAUGUAUUUGGAAUGCAAAAAUAUGCAAAAAUAGAAUACAAUUAACCGCAGUUCAGCAUAGGAAAAGGUGCAAAAUGAUGUUGAAUUUAGAGUAGGUACCCAGAUAAAGCAUACUAUUUAUUAGCUAAGUCACGUUCCUGCUCUAGCAAAAACAUAUAGCAAGGCAAGUAAAUCCAACAAUUUUAAGUUUUCGAAAAAUAGAAAUAUAUGAUUUGUAAAUAAGUAUGGAAACAGUUCAAAAAUACCGAUAUCUCAAGAGUGCUUUUCGAAUUGUUAACUGAUAGAGGACGACUACUUUGAGCACGAGUGGCAACAUCUGCACCGUCUCGACAGCAAGAGAGGGUGGAAAUUUGAAAUUGAAUCGCGUCCCGGCCUGUUGGUAAUGUUCUUUGUAACAGAUGCAUGUGAAUGGUUAUAACAAAUAAAAUGAUUAAAUUAA